AUGACGCUUCGCCAAGAAGAAGAUGAAGCGGUAUCGGAUGCAUGGGAGAGAUUCAAGGACCUUCUACGGAAGUGCCCUCAUCAUGGAAUCCCUCAUUAUAUUAAAUUGAAAACCUUUUAUAAUGGACUUUCCAGUGCCGCUAAGAUUAUUCUUGACGCAACGGCCGGUGACGCUUUCACAGCUAAAACCUAUAACGAGGGAUAUGACAUUUUGGAACGAAUUUCUAAUAAUAAUACUGAAUGGUCUAACCCUCGUGUUGUUAUUUCUAAAUAUGCCUCGGGAAUUCAUGAGCUUGAUGCCAUUUCUUCUUUGAAUGUCCAAAUUGUUGCUUUAACUAAUUUGGUUAAAAACAAUUUAAACUUGAAUGGGGAAAAUAAUCAAGUCCAAUCCAUAAUGACAAAUUCUUCCAUGACUGAAUCUUGUGUUUUCUGUGGUGAAAAUCAUUCUUAUGAGUUUUGCCCCGGAAACCCCGUUUCGGUGAAUUAUGUUGGGAACCAUACAAGAAAUAGCCCAUUUUCUUCUACGUACAAUCCAAACUGGAGAAAUCAUCCAAAUUUUUCAUGGGCCGAAAAUCCUGGACUUCAACCCCGUGGGGCAACCCAUGUCCAAAAUCGACCUCCGAAUCCCCCGAGAUUCCAUCAAGGUGGUCAUCACAUGCAAGGAGGUAACCACAUGUACCAAAAUGGGAAAUCUUCACAAUCACAUGCACUUAGGCAACAAAAUGCAUCGGAAGGUAAUGGUUCACUCGAAUCUUUACUUAAAGGUUUUAUAAACCAAACCAAUGCCACUUUGAGGAAUUUUGAGACCCAACUCGGCCAAUUUGCUGCGGAUCUCAAGAAUAGACCUCAAGGAACUGUGCUUAGUGACACGGAAACACCAAAAGAACAUGUCAAAGCCGUGACUUUAAGAUGUGAUGAGAACUUGGGAGAAUCGAGUGAAACAAAGGAAACACCUAAUGAAUCGAUUUGUCAAGAAAAUAUUUCACAUUCUUUUGACACAUCGAAAUUUCCAGUUCUAUCUCCUCCAGCUAAAGUAGCACAGAAUCCAGGUUCUGUCCAAGAAACAACAGCUAUGCCCAGUUCCAGCACCACCUAG